AUGCGGGGCGGCCACGGCGCUAGAUCAGUAGAACGUCGCAAGGCAGGGGGCAAGGCAGGGGAGGGGAAACCAGACAAAGAGAGUAGCGACGAGAGUGGCCCCGAUACCAAAGGUGAAGGAAAACAGUGCGAACAUAACGACGGACGAGAGGUGGCAACAAUGGGACCGGAUAUUGAUCACACUGAGGAUACAGGGCUGGAUGAUGAUCCGCUAACAGGGGGUGAUCCGCUUGCAGGAAAUAAUCCGCUAACAGGAAAUAAUCCGCUAACAGGGGAUGGUGGUCCAGAUGAGGUUUCUGUUCAACCCUCUCGCCCGAUUAGUGUAGACCCCGGGCGAAUAAAUGAUACUCUGCGAAGAGAGGAUAUACUACGAAUAUAUGGUACGUUGCGAAGGGAUAGUACUCUGCUAGAAGAUGGUGGUACCAUCAUAUGUCCAGUCGAACCUGCGACGAAAUCCGGCCCGGAAUUUGGGUCAAAAUCUGGUUUGGAAUCCGGUUCAGAGCUGGAGUUGGAAUUCGGGUAUAAGGAUUUUAGAUAUAAGGAGUGCGGAUAUAAGGAGACUGGAAAUCAGCAGACGGGUUGUUUGAAGAGGAAGCAUCUGAGAAGUGGUGUACUUGGCUGCGUAUUGGGGUACCUUGAGUUGAAGGACAUCUGUCGGUUGAGCGCUUCCUGUAAAAGUAUGUCUCAAUCUGUGCGGGAAUCUCAUACCUUUCUGAGAGUGAGUUCCUCAGACAUGGAUAGUAUUUGCACGUCGUUAUCAGUGGAGGAAUGUUCUCGUCUGUUCGCCCGCAUUUCUAGUCCUAAUGUGAUUCAUUCUAUUGCCCUCUCCGUAGACCCCUUCAACCCACGGAGGGCUAUGUUAUUGACCAUCCUGAGGUCUUUUACUCAGUGCACGGACUGUGCUGACUGUGGCAGUAUUGAUGGUGGCAGUGUUGACUGCACAGCGGGGAAGCCCCAAAUCGAUGAAGUUGAUGGUCAAGCUCAAGUUGAUGGUCAAGCUCAAGUUGAUGGGGAAGCUCAAGUUGAUAUCCAAAACCAGCCCCAGACGGGACGUGCUUUGCUGUCUGCCUCGGUCUGCACAACGCCCAAGUCGAACAGUGGUUUGGAAUUCGAGAUGGAAUCUGUAACGAGCGACUUUAGCGCCUGCUUAGGUGCUCCAUGUGGCUAUCGCAGUGGCGUGAAGGAGCUCAGCAUUUUGUCGGGACCUUCGUUGGUCGGCGACCAUCUGCGCGGUCGAGACCAUUCACUGUUCUCUGGCAAGUGUAUCCAUGACUUCUCCGACCAUCCCCGCAAGUACUGCGUCUGUACCGACUGGAGACGAGACUGCUACCACAGAAACCUGUACGUACCAACCAAAACGUAUACUGCACCCUUCACCACUGGUAAUAGCGUCGGUAAUAACGUCGACUCAACGGGCAUGGUUGAUAUGGGUGGCAUUAGUACACCUGUGCAUGGCUUGCGACAAAUAAAGGGAACAAAUCUUGGGCGUCGAGCGUCCCAGCCGGGCCACGAACGUAGCGGCUGCCCUCUUCCGGCGGCAACUCACAAAGACUGGAUGUGCUGGUUGCUGAAGGACGACUGGUACAAUCUUUACCGCUGGUUCCCGGAACUCAAUGACCUGACUAUACAGCUGUCCUACCUGGGCACACGCGUGCGCAACCAACCUGCAAGACACUUGCGGCGCACCUUGCCGCCGAAGUCUCUGCGACAGUCCCACACAUUCAGCUACCCUGGGAAACCCGGCGCUGGGAAACCAAGUCGCCACUCACGUGAUGCAACUUCGAGAUGCAGAAACGACGACCCACACCCAUGGCCCGGCGUUCCCGGCGGCUUGGACUCCCCCCUAAGCUUGGAAACAGACACCGACGGCUUGAUCGCCGAUGGCUUGACCGCCACCGAUGGCUUGACACCCACCGAUGGCUUGACCGCCACCAAUGGCUUGACCGCCUUGAGGGACCAGGGCUUGAAAGGCGAUAGCUGGACCCGUACCCGGGUGGAGUGUACACCGAUCGCCGAGUUGCAUUUACCGCGGUUGAUUCUCAAGACGGGUCCGCGGAAGGGCGAGACCUACCACCCACGGUUGGAUAGACUGGUUGUCCAUGGCGCGACGGAUUCCACGUUGUGGCCGGGUUCUGAGUUCGUGGACUGUUUGGACUCAACAUUGAGUGUGCGUUGUCUCGCGCUGGGUGCCUACUUUGUGUCUCGACGCGCGCUCGGUAAGUUCCUCCGCGCCGUGCCCGCGUCUGUCGUGGCCGCUGACCGCUUGUUGGCUAACGGCACAGUCGAACGGAUGUGCGUCCUCUCCACGCCCCUUAACUUUUGCGGCGGCGCAUCCGACCCAACUAACGACCAAACCCAGGACGAGAGAACUAUAUUCGUUAAGACCACCUCACCCAGCGAGAGAGAAGUCGGCUUGUCGCGACCCGGACAAGUCGACUUGUCGCGACCCGGAGAAGUCGACUUGUCGCCACCCGGACAAGUCGACUUGUCGCGACCCGGAGACCCCCUUUGUCCAGGAGACCCCCUUUGUCCCGGGGACCCCCUUUGUCCCGGAGAGGGAGAGGAGGGCGACGUCCUGGACCGCGUCUUGGAGUUCGCAGACCUCGGUGUCGCCUCCGACUUGACCGCAUCUGGAUCGUUCGACGCGGGCGGAUGGUCGUUACCGCAAGUUGCACGACGGCCGUCACUAGGAUCGGAGGUUUUGCGGAAGUUGGCGUUGUCUUUUUCAAGUAUUCUGGCUCCGCAGUCGGAUGCCGCACGUGUGUGCGACGGCUGCGGAGAAUUCGAUUGCCGCGGUUCGUUUGUAAAGAGCUACGCGCGAAUCCGUUUCCCGGCGCUGCGUGUGCUCGCCGUUGACGUCUGCGGCCUCCUGCCCGUCGAAGAUGUCGCGGACACACUUCCGCGUCUCCAAGAAUUGCACUGCACCCGCUGGGCCGCUCCCGACAGCGGCGAAGAAGACCUGAGCCCGCGUCUUCAAGUACUCGUGCACCGCCUCCGCAGCCUGCUCCUCAUCUGCGUCAAGGAACACUCCGAGACCAUGGACACCGUCCUCAGGACCCUCGCUGGUUCGACCGCCGGAAGUGCUACCCACGGUACGACCAGCGAGAGUGCUGCGGACAAUUGCAGGUUGCUCCUCAAAGACGUCUUGCCCGGCGUCUUAGGGGCGCCCGCCGUCGGAAUGUCCCCAGCACCGGGGGCCUUGAGCCAGUCACUCGCGGCCAGUGAACUGGUCGUCACCGGCGAACGCGACGUCCAGCGAGAAACCUUCCUGCGCCGCAAACUCCCUCUCCUCCGGCCCUUCUACCGCACAACCUACGUGGCCUUUCCGCGCAAAGACGAAACCCUCUGCGUCUUCGACUGCGCCCACGCGGCUGAUUUAAAUGCUCUCCUCGACGCCAAGGUGCCCUUUGCUUUCAUCUUAUCCGGCAAGCGCAAUUAUGGCACAGAACUACGGGAUUUUUUAACCAAGUGA